GCGGCCCGGGUCGGCGGGCUCGGCGCCGGCGGGAGAGCAGCGGCCCGCGCUGAGUGGCCCCCUCCCGCGCCUCCCGGCCAGACUCCAGAGCUUUCUCUAGAUGCAGAGUGAAAACACAGGCACCCUUGCCGGUUACACUUCUCCUUUUCCCGUCUUCCAGAGUGGAUGGGAUCGCCCGCAGAUGCUGGCGGGGCAGUUAGGUCGCCCAGGGGAGGUUUUUUAAAACACCUCAUGGAACAUAACACCAUUGCUGGAUGCCUGGCACAUACAAGGCACCUGACAGCAUGAGAGGUACCCUGAAUGGGCACAGGAUGUCACCUGGAAUCCGAGCACUAAAUGAUCCAGACUUUCCUUAAUUCUAAAUGUGCUGUUCUUCAUUCCAAGAUGCCUUUGCACUUCUGAUAAUUGCAAACUGACAACCGUCAAGGUCAAGGCGGAGGGAAAAUCGUUGGUCCUGGAAGCCUAGAAGACUUCCCUUAACAAAGCAAAGUCUCUGAUUAUUGUUUGAAAUGCUGAAAAAGUUGCUGUGGAGAAGACUUUUUCCUCAUUCCACUAAAUUCUGGUUUAUGGUUCUUGUUUUUUCCCUAGUCACCUUCUCUGUUGUAAGGAUUCAUCAAAAGCCCGAAUUUGUAAGCAUCAGGCAUUUGCAGCUGGUCGGAGAGAAUCCUAAUAGUAACAUUAAUUGCACCAAAGUUUUACGGGGUGAUGUAGAUGAAAUCCAAAAGGUAAAGCUUGAGAUACUCACAGUAAAGUUCAGAAAGCGCACUCGGUGGACACCUCACGACUACAUAAACAUGACCAAGGACUGUACUUCUUUCAUCAAGAGGCGCAAAUAUAUCAUGGAACCCCUUAGUAAAGAAGAAGCAGAGUUUCCAAUAGCAUAUUCUGUAGUGGUUCAUCACAAAAUUGAAAUGCUGGACAGGCUGCUGAGGGCCAUCUAUAUGCCUCAGAAUUUCUAUUGCAUUCACGUGGACAGAAAAUCAGAAGAGUCCUUCUUAGCUGCAGUGACAGGCAUUGCGUCCUGUUUCAGUAACGUCUUUGUGGCCAGUCAGUUGGAGAGUGUGGUUUAUGCAUCGUGGAGUCGGGUUCAGGCCGACCUCAACUGCAUGAGGGACCUCUACAGAAUGAGUGCGCGCUGGAAGUACUUAAUAAAUCUUUGCGGCAUGGAUUUUCCUAUUAAAACCAACCUAGAAAUUGUCAGGAAGCUCAAGUCCUUCAUGGGUGAAAACAACCUUGAAACUGAGAAGAUGCCCUCCCAUAAAGAAGAAAGGUGGAAAAAGCGGUAUGCGGUUGUUAACGGAAAGCUGAUCAACACGGGGACUGUCAAAGUGCGUCCUCCACUGGAAACACCUCUUUUUUCAGGCAGCGCCUAUUUUGUGGUCAGCAGGGAGUAUGUGGGGUAUGUGCUAGAGGAUGAAAAAAUCCAAAAGUUUAUGGAGUGGGCGCAGGACACGUACAGCCCAGAUGAGUAUCUCUGGGCCACUAUCCAACGGAUCCCUGAGGUCCCGGGCUCACUCUCCUUGAGCCAUAAGUACGACUUGUCUGACAUGCAGGCGGUUGCCAGGUUUGUCAAGUGGCAGUACUAUGAGGGUGACGUUUCUAAGGGUGCUCCCUACCCACCCUGCAAUGGCAUCCACGUGCGCUCGGUGUGCAUUUUUGGAGCCGGAGACUUGAACUGGAUGCUGCGCACGCACCACUUGUUUGCCAAUAAGUUUGACAUGGACGUCGACCACUUUGCCAUCCAGUGUCUGGAUGAACAUCUGAGGCAUAAAGCUUUGGAGACAUUAAAACACUGACCGCUGUGGGCAAUUUUAGGAUUAAUAAGAGAGAGGCUCAAAAUGUACCCUAUCUGGUUCCUCUUACUUGUCAAUAGGCAUCAGAAAAAUUAUACGGGAUCCUCUUAGGGGUAGGGGCUCUAAGUCUUUGCAUCAGAAAAUCCGCCUGGUUUCUGCAGACACAAUUGGUUAGAAAGGUUAUAGCAUUAAGUGUUGCCCUGCGGUUAAUGUGAAGGAGAGAUAGUAGCUGUGAGGCCAGGGCAGGGAACAAAGCAUUCUGGAGAGGGAUUCUGGAGAGGGAGGCUGGAGAGGGAAAGAAAGAGGCCAAUGCAAAAAAUCAGCCUGUUAAAGGAGCUCAGGGACUUAACAAAAUGAGAAGAUUUGACCUGUGCCAAAAUUAUUUUGGGAAUUUUAAAUAUGCCCGUUUUCCUGGUACGAAUAAAUUUAUAGCAACAAACAGUGAUAAAGAUACAGUUUAUCUUGUAUGUUAUGUGAGCUAUUGAAAUAGAAAUUGGAUUUUACUUUAAAUGAUCUUUGUAAAUUAUUUUCUGCUGUACCAUUGUGCUGUGUAGUGUGUCUCUAUGUCAUCUCAGGGAGCUUACAAUGGGUUUGAUUUAACAUUAAUAUUUUUGUGUUAUUUUUGCUUGUAACUGCACAUGUGUUUUUCAAAAGCCAAAAAAAUGACAAUUUCUAGUUUAGUUACUUUUUAUGAAUCAUCUUAUGUUAUUAAAAAGUUAAGGUAUCUUUUUAAAUAGAGAAUUAAAUUGCUCACAGGGAUAGCUUUUUAAAUUCUAGUUUCUACAAAUGGUAACAUUCAAUUUUUUCAAAGAUUUGUCUUUAUACUUUUCCCCAGUCUCCCCAGACCCUUCUAUUAAGCUGUGCAAUAAUUUACUUUCACAGGACCCUAUAUUACUGUCUCAUUCUCUGAUGUGACCUGGUUGCCAGUAAUUAGUACAGAGAACUAAGAAAGGGUGAAGUACAUUUGGGGGGUGGUUGAUAGGGGGAAGGAAUCUAUUUUGAUAAUUUCUGAGGCCCAUGAUGAGUUUGAAAAACCAGCAGUUGGCACUAUCCCCAGAAAUAAGUGCUGUUGCUCUCUGGACCCACUUGUGUCCAACCUUCCAGGUCAUUACAUCCUAAUGUCACCUGUGCCUUCAUUUGAAAGGCCCUGGCCCCUGUCCUUGGGUCUUCAUGUUAUCUGCUCAUUGGUUGUAAGUUUCCUCUUUUCUCAUAACCUUCUGUGAGAAGCAAAGAAGUGUGCUGUUGUCCCCCAUGGUGUAUUAGAAGGCCUGGGAAGGGGGCUUUGGGUUUGGGACAGAUUGCUUCAGUAUUGGUAUUAUUCACAGCAUAUGGUUUUUGCUAGAUGAUUUGGGGUUGCUAUAGUGCUAUCUCAAAGUAAAUGAAAAUUUGAAAAGAAAAAAAAAUUCUUGUCAUUUUGCUAAGUUGAUACUGUUCAACCAAAGAUCUAACAGGAACUGUGAAGCUUUGUUAUUUAGCAUUAGACUUUAAACAAGAACCCAAAGCAUAUGCUUUAUUUUUAAAACAUAGCAACUUAAAUGCCACGAGAAAUUCAGAAUAUCAGAUGGUUUUAAGGCAUUCAACUGAAGAAGCAUUUUUAUUCCUCAAAGUUAGAAAACAUUUUCAUUUUACUGAGAGGUGUGUUUUUAAACCUUUACCAUCAUUUGUAAAUGUGGGAGUCAGUGGAUUGCCAUGUUUUCGCAUGAUCAGCGUGGCAAUCAGUGUUGGACCAAGAGGUACAUGUUUGCUUUGAAAACUCAAGGGAUGAUGUUGAUGAGGGUGGUACAUGGAAUGUGUUCUCUCUCUAUUGGCUUCUAAACCAGUUUUUUCCUUUAAUGUGUAUCAGACAUUUCUCCCAUGCUCCUUUUAACAGAAUGGUUUUUACCUACAAGAUAAGGGCACAUUUUUUUUUUUCUCUAAAACGAGUGAUACUCAGUGACGCAUACGUUAUGUGUAUGUCUUACAGAAAUUUUUCCACUUUUUAUUUUGAAAAUUUGCAAAUCUGUAGGAAAGUUAAAACAAUAGUAGAGUGAUCACCAUAUAACCCUCACUCGGAUUACCAGUUGUUAACAUAGUGCCCUAUGUGCCUUAAGUUGUAUGUGUUUUUGAAUUUAGCAAAAUUGGAAAUUAAAAAUUUUUUAAAUUACAAAUAUACAAAGUUAUUCAUCCCAACACAUUUAUUAUGGUCUGACUGCAUCUGAUUUCUAUUUAAGCUGUGAGGUUUUGAGGGAUUUUUUUUUUUCUUUUUUUACCAUGGGUAUAAAAAUAGGAUUUUGGAGUCCAUUUCCCCAAGCCCCACAUUAAAACUGUGAACCCACCAUCUUCUGUGUAGCUGUGAUGUCUCAUCUUUCCAGAAUGGCACUUGUUGAAAUGUGUUGAAACACUACCUGGUACUUAAUACCUGUCACAGGGAUUAUGUAGGAUUCAUUCAUUGGGACUUAAAGUAUCUUAUUCCUAAACUUUUUAGCAUAACUUAAAGCAAAUGAAAUUUAGACUACUGUAAUAAGAAAUUUGAAGAAUCAAAAAGAUCAGAGAGGAAGCCAGUGAUGCCUCCCAAGUUGUUUUGGGAGAAAUAUAGAAAGUAUUUAAAUUACUUCAUGUUAUUAAACACUAAUUUCUUUGUACUGUCAUUUAAGGUCUUCUAUAGGGAAUCUUUAGAAAUCUCAUUCACAAAUGAGAAGUUCUUAAACAUACAUAAAUUGAAAUUUUGAUGGAAGGAUUCUAGUUAAUGACUACUACAUCUAGAUUUACAUAUUUCUUAUUAAGGACGAGAGUGUGACAAUGAUGGUUCCUUAUUUUACAGGCAAUUACCUAGGCUCUUCCCAGAUCACAGUAAAUGGCUGCUCAGCCUUGAAAAUGUGGAAUAUUAUCAUUUCUAAACAUGGAUUUGUCUCAUUCAUCGAGGACAAUUCACCUCAGUAGAUUUCCUCUCUUAGUUUGGGUGGAAAGAAGCUGUUUUAGUUUCUGUAGAGUCAGUUAAACUGGACUUUUGUGAUUAUUUACAAAAAUAAAAAUCAUUUCUCAUGUGAAAUACAGAUGCUCCUCAACUCACGAUGACUUAUGAUGCAAUUAUGUCCCCAAAAUGGAUUUAACACACCUAAUGCACCAAACGUCAUAUCUUAGCAUAGCCUGUAACAUGCUCAGAAUGCUUCCAUUAGCCUACAUUUGGGGCAAAUCACCUAACACAAAGCCUAUUUUGUAAUAAGGUGUUGAAUAUCUCAUGUAAUUUAUUGAAACUGACCUGAAAGUGAAAUGGUUGUAUGGGUACUUGAAGUACGGUUCCUACUAAAUGCAUAUUGCUUUCACAUCAUCUUACAGUCAAAAAAUGUUGUCGAACCAUCAUAAGUCAGGGACUGUCCAUAUAAAAUAAAUGCAAUGCUAUUUCAUGGUAAA